CCGGCGCCGGCUUUGGAGCAACAGUAUUGGGCCUUGUUUCGAAGCUCCGCCUUCGCCCCGGUCUUUCUAGAAACCCAGCCUCGCUCCUGGCCGCGCCGGACAGCGUCCCAGACGCGUGUGUGUCCCCCAUGGCGGAUACGGCCUCGAACGGCCCCCAAGGGGCAGGCGCAGUGCAAUUCAUGAUGACCAAUAAACUGGACACAGCAAUGUGGCUUUCUCGCUUGUUCACAGUUUACUGCUCUGCUUUGUUUGUUCUGCCUCUUCUUGGGUUGCAUGAAGCAGCAAGCUUUUACCAACGCGCUUUGCUGGCAAAUGCUCUUACCAGUGCUCUGAGGCUGCAUCAAAGAUUACCCCACUUCCAGUUAAGCAGAGCUUUCCUGGCCCAAGCUUUGUUAGAGGACAGCUGCCACUACCUGCUGUAUUCACUCAUCUUUGUCAAUUCCUACCCUGUUACAAUGAGUAUUUUCCCAGUCUUGUUAUUCUCUUUGCUUCAUGCUGCUACAUACACAAAAAAGGUUCUUGAUGCAAAAGGUUCAAAUAGUUUACCGCUGCUGAGAUCCAUCUUGGAUAAAUUAAGUGCUAAUCAACAGAAUAUUCUGAAAUUCAUUGCUUGUAAUGAAAUACUCUUGAUGCCUGCUACAGUUUUUAUGCUUUUUAGUGGUCAAGGAAGCUUGCUCCAGCCUUUUAUAUACUAUAGAUUUCUUACUCUCCGAUACUCCUCUCGAAGAAAUCCAUAUUGUCGGACCUUGUUUAAUGAAUUGAGGAUUAUUGUUGAACAUAUAAUAAUGAAACCUGCUUGCCCACUGUUUGUGAGAAGACUUUGUCUCCAGAGCAUUGCCUUUAUAAGCAGAUUGGCACCAACAGUUGCAUAGUUUAAUAUCCAGCUAAGUUAAAUAUAAAUAAGCAUUACUAGAAGCUGAUACCUAUGCUAGGGAUUGUUAAUUCCAGGUGUGAAACUGACCUCAAUCCAAUUUACAUAAAUUCAUCUUAAUGGAAAAAUAACAUUUUCCUGGCAUGUUAAAUCAAGCCUUUAUAAAAAAGUUUCUAAGAAAAUUCUAUUGUGUUGUGUUGUUAAUGGUUAAGAAAGUUUGUAUUUUGUAAUACAUGUAUCAAAUUUUUUUUUAGAUGCUGCUGUGCCUUUAUCAUGUACGUUUAUUUCUCUUGUAACAAUAGCUCUAAAAUUUGUUUCAGUCUAAUUGGUAACAUGAAUUUAUUUAUAUCUGGUAUUAGUUCAUUUUGGUAACAUUUACGUAUGCGAAUUCAGUAUAUUUUGAGACAGUAUUUUGCCAUUUGUGAAUUUUGGUUCAUGAUUUAAACACUUCCUGCUGUAUUUGAUUUUAAAUUGUUUUUAAAUUGAUUUUGUGCUUCUUUGUUAGGACAGAUUAAUUUUGGAUGUGUUGUUAUAAGAGUAGUUCCCUGUGUGUCUUACGCUACUACCUUCCAAAAUUUUAUUUCCAUUGAUAAUUCUGUAGAUUUGUACUUUUGUUUUUAAAGGCUCAACUGUAAGCUUGUUAGCCAUUUAGGUAAAUAUUUGGGGUCACCUAACCAUUUUAUAUCAGAAAGCAGUAGUCAUACAGCUUUCUUAGAUAGGAACUCCUUUUACAUUGUGGACACAUAGGUUAUUAGUGUUAUUAUAGUUUAUAGAAUUGCCUAGAUCAAAUUUUUGACUACCGUUUUUCUCGGUUUCUUAGGUUUAAAUUCUCAUAGACAAUUGCAGCAGUUUAGGUACCUUUGAAAGGAAUGUAAGUUAAGAUUGAUCAUGUGACUAUACUUAGUAUCUGAAAUAAUAAUGAAGAUUAUCCUGUAGAUUCUUUACCCAUCAAAUCUGAUUUAAAGGUUAAAUGGAAAGGUUUAUGGGCAAGGUAAUUGAUUGGGAAUGGUACCUGAAGGGGCAUUUUGGGAGAACAGUGUACAUUUCGAUUUCAUAAUGGAUAAAUUUGGGGGAAUUGGAUGUAUUAUGCAGCGGUGAUUUGAGUUGUAUAUAUGUUAAAUCCUGUUUGUUGAGCUUCUGUCAACUCUGAAAAUUUUAUUUUGAUCUUUAUUGUUGCAUGAUUAGAAAUGUUUAAAAUGUUGCAAAAAAUCUAGUGCUGCACAGUAAUGAAUGGUUUUUGUAACCUAUUUUCUUUCUGCAUGUAAUUUGGAUUUCUCAAAUACAUUAAUUAGUAACUUAAUAGUAACAUCAGUUUUCGUUUUGUUCAAUUUUCCAAUCUAUAGAAAUGUGAUACUUUCUUGAUAGCUCAUCCAUAACCAGCUCUUUUUGUAAUAUUUUUCUACUAUCUUAGAGAAGCAGCCUCAUAAUCUACAGUUGAUUUUGUGUGGUAUGUGUGUAUGUGGCUAGCCUCAUUAUCACUAUAUAUGUAAUCUGAUGAGUUUAAGAACUAAAUUUUCUAGAGCAAUAAAGUGACUGUAAUGUUGAGUAAACAGUAUAUUAUUGAUAUCUAAAUAUAUUUUUAAAAUUAA